AUAAUAUCAAGAUUAUUUUUUGUUCCUAAUUUACCAAAAACAUGGAAGAAUAAAUUGUUUUUUAACUACGUAAAAAUAAAGAUACUUCUUACACCCAGUAAAAAAAAAAAUUAAAUAAAGUACCUUACUCUUGAAAAGGAAAUUUUAAAAGGAGUAAAACAGGAGGAGGACGAAAGGAUAUUGUCAGCGCUAUGCAUUUUGAUUCGUGAAGAAAGAUCAGCAUACAAGGGGAAGAAAAGAAGAAAAUAAGAGAAACAGGAAGGAGUAAAACCCAGGAAAUUUUCCCGUUCCAGUGGGAUUAAACAAAACCGUAAACACAGAACCAACAAAACAAAGAAGACGGAAACACAGUGUCGUACGAGCUCGCUCUGUGCUUUUCUCUUCCUCUGCGGCACACUCAUUUCGCUCCAAAAGUUCUUCGCCCAUCGCAGCAUCGACGCAUUUCUCCUCUUCCAUACGGUCUGUAGUCAUUCUAAAAUCCGUCUUAUGGAUAUUUCCUCUUACACAUAUACUUUUGGAUGUCUCUGAGGAUCUCAGCCCAAGAGUAAUCUUUAGCCAUAUUGUUUGUUUAAGAUGCCUUUAGGCUCAAAUUCACAGUCAGCCGAAGUUUGCCUUGCCAUGAAUCAGAAUGCACUUUCUUCCUCUGACAACCAUGGAAGGGCCUUAAAACCCGUCGAGGAGGAUAAAGAAGAAGGGGAGGAGGAGGAAGAUGAGGAUGCAGAUUUUAACCCUUUUCUAAAGGAAAAUCUUUCACACGAGGCUUCUUCAAGUUUGAGCUCUGAAGUCGAUGGUUUGGAUGGUAAUGUGAUCACUAGUAAGCCAUCUGUAGGUUCAGAGUUAUCAAAGGUGACAACUAAGGAGCAAACCUGUUCUGCUAUAUAUAAUGAACAUGGCGAGGAGGAAGUUGUUUUACAACCUUCUGGUAUGAUCUCUUUGUCAGAGAUUAAUCAAGUGAAGCACAAUGACCUAACCAGUGUGGCUAUUGGCAAUGGUUCAAGGACAGGAGAACUAAGUGACAAAACAAAUUCUCAAAGUCCUGUAAUAGAUGUAGACAAUGAGGAUGCUAUCUGUAUGCGCACCAGAGCUCGUUAUUCACUUGCAAGUUUUACACUUGAUGAGCUUGAGACUUUUCUUCAAGAAACUGAUGACGAUGAUGAUCUCCAAAAUGCUGAUGAUGAAGAAGAGUAUAAAAAAUUUUUAGCAGCUGUUUUACAGGGUGGGGAUGAUGGUUUUUCAACUCAUGAAAAUGAAAAUCUUGACGAUGAUGAGGAUAACGAUGCAGACUUCGAGAUAGAACUGGAGGAGUUAUUGGAAAGUGAUGUUGAAGACAACUCAAUGGUAAAAACCCGAAAGGAGUCUGAUCGAGCUGGACGACGACCUGAGACUAGGCAAAAUAAGCGUCAAAAGGUGUCUGCACAAUGUGAGAAGAAAACAUUAGGAGAAGUAAAGAGGCCACUCCGUCCCAUUUUGCCUAAUUGGCUGAAUGGAACUCUAGCUUCAGGAAAAGGUUUGGUUCCUGAGGCUUCUCUGAGCUUUCAGUCUUCUGCUUCAGGAAAUGGUCUUGUCAAUGGGUUCACUACCAUGCAGAUUGGUCAGUUGCACUGUUUGAUACACGAGCAUGUACAACUUCUUAUUCAGGUGUUCUCUUUGUCAGUUCUUGAACCUUCCCAAAAACAGGUUGCUUCUCAGGUUCAAGGUUUGCUUGUUGAGAUCCUUCACAAACGUGAUGAAAUAUUAGCUUCAAAAAGAGUUGCAUAUCCCACUGUUUGCUUUUCUCCAUCUUUUUCUUGCUCAUCUGUGUCUGAAGGAGGCUCAAAGUUUGUCCAGGUCCAGUCCAAUACAGAAGAAUAUGGUCCUCCACAAGAUGCACAUAAUGUUUUGUGUUCUCAAUCAAUUCAGAAAUCCUCUGAAGGUUUGAACUUGCAAAGCUGUUUCCAACCUGCUGAGAGUUCUUUCUGGAUUCCCUCUGUAAGAGGCCCUGUAAAAUCUAUUUUGGAUGUUUCUCCUCUUCAUUUAGUAAGAAGCUACACUGAUGACAUUAAUUCUGGUAGGUCAUUUUAAAGACUUCAAGUUUUCUUCUGGUUAUUUCAUUUUGUGCUGGUUUGUAAAAAUAAAUUCUGCAUACUCAG